AUGAAUGUGAGUCUCCACGACACAAAGGGCCAAGACAAGCUUUUCCAAGUGCAAGUGUCGAUCGACCACACUAGGAUUUGGCGAUACCUGAGAAGUACAUGGGAGAAGACUUUGCACUAUCGCUACGGUGGUGGUCCUGUGAAUCCUGGGGGCGGUGAUGAUACAGCAGAUGCGGAGUGGACUUUUCGCGUUGUCUCAGAUGCAUCCUUGGCACCGGUUGGCACGCGAUCCAGAAGCGGGGGGCAGACCAUUGUGGCAUGGUCAGCGACUGAGUCCGAGAUCGAGGCGACCGCAGUGGCGUUCCAAGAGGGUAUCAAGAUACACGCAGUGCUUGAGGAGCUGUUUGCAUGCAAGAUUCACCUUGUGGCCAAUGGCGACAAUGCGGGAGCUAUCCAUUUGAUCACUCGCGAGCGGCUUCAUGAACAGACGAUGCGAACCAGGCAUUUCGCCAUCCGUUGUGCAUAUAUCAGAGACUUGGUGUGGUUGCACAACAUUGAGGUCCAACAUCGUGGGACGAAUGAGCUCGAAGCCGAUGGACUGACUAAGGUCCUGGGGAAAGCGAAAUUGGCUACAGCACGCGCGCAGCUGCGGAUUACGUGA